AUGGCGCCUGGACAAGUGACAUGUCCCGUUUGUUCGCAGCAAGUUCCUGAGUCAAAGAUCAACGAACAUUUGGACCAGAACUGUCGCGCUUUUGACGCGUCGGGCGCGUCAAAAUCCUCGCAGGCAACGUCCAAGAAGAGCUCGCACACCGUGCCCACGAACCUCGCGCCGAUCUUCUCUCAAGCGAGUACGCAGGCAGCCCCAGCCCAUCCGACCACAUCUACCCUUCCAGCAUCAACCUCCAAGUCUAUCUCGUCCGGGCCAUCUGGUAAAAAGCGCGGUCAUCACAGCACAAUCGAAAGUAAUGCGUUGGCCGGACCGUCCUCAGCUUCCGUGCAACCUUCGGCUGGUAAGCGGGUCAAGACUGCUCGAACAUCGCGAUUGGAGGCUGCUGCCCCUCUUGCGGAGCGCUUAAGACCCCAGAGCCUCGAGGAAUUCGUCGGUCAGCCACAUCUGGUUGGCAAGGAUGCACUUCUGGUCAGCUCGCUCGAGAGGGGGUCUGUAGGAAGUAUCAUCUUGUGGGGUCCGCCAGGGUGUGGAAAGACGACCCUCGCUCGGCUGCUCGCGAAGCGGACGGAUGCUGUCUUCAAAGAGCUCAGUGCGACUGUAGUCGGUAUCAAUGACGUGCGCGCUGUCUUCGACGAAGCAAAGAACGUGCUCCAGCUGACAGGACGUAAAACCAUCCUAUUCCUCGACGAGAUACACAGAUUCACCAGGUCACAACAAGAUAUAUUUCUACCGUACAUUGAGCAGGGCCACAUCCAGUUGAUCGGAGCUACGACCGAAAACCCUAGCUUCAAGGUUAACGGCGCCCUCUUGAGCCGUUGCCGCGUAUUCGUUCUUGAGCGGCUUACGGAUGUCGAUAUCGAGCGGAUUGUGAGGCAGGCUGUGGAUCGCGUGGCGCCACCGCCGGCGUUGGAAAGUGCGCACAAUGGACCAGACGCGUCCGAAUCACAUUCGCGGCCAUCAUCCCCCCCUUCCAGUUCUCCGACUAGUCAAUGGAACUCGUCUCCAGUGAUACUGGACAGGCCGUUCACCUCGUCUUCGCCCUUCCCUACGCCACCCUCGACGAAACAGGCGGAGAAGCGCGAGGCGCGGAUCGACAUAAAGCCCUUUCCUGCCUACCCCCAGCUCACCUCAAGGAUCUUGGCAUCCAUCGUCUCUCUCUCGACGGGCGAUGCCCGAACGGCAAUCUCGUUGCUCGAGCUGGUCCUUUCUUCUCCCGCGACCGCGGAGGAAAGCGUGCUCCUCGAUAGCCUGCGCAAGUCCGUAAGCACAAGCUACGACCGCACGGGAGACAGCCAUUACGACCUCAUCUCGGCGCUGCACAAGUCGGUUCGGGGCAGCGAUCCGCACGCGGCGAUGUAUUGGCUUGCGCGUAUGCUAGAGGCUGGCGAAGAUCCGUUACGGGCGAUUGUUAUGGCCAGCGAAGACAUAGGGUUGGCAGAUUCGCAUGCGCUGCCCCUGGCUAUAGCCGCAAUGCAGGCCUGUCAGUUUGUGGGCAUGCCAGAGUGUCGUAUCAACCUAGCGCACCUCAUAGCAUAUCUCGCCGAGGCACCCAAAUCGACACGCUCGUACGAGGCGUACAAUCGUGCUGCAGAAGCCGCGAAGAAGGACAUGACGCUGCCCGUGCCCUUGCAAGUGCGCAACGCUCCGACCAAACUCAUGAAGGAGCUCGGAUACAGCGAGGGAUAUCGCUACAACCCAGACUACGCACAUCCCGUGCACAACGAGUAUCUGCCAUCGGAGCUGAAAGGACGGGUGUUCCUUAGGCCCGCGGGUGAUGUGACCGGGAAGAUCUGGGACGAGGCGGCGUUGCAAAGAUGGGAGGAGGAGACUGGGAGAAGGUGGGAGGGGCGAUCGAAUGAAGAGUGA